CAAUUAUUAUUUUUUCUUCAUCAGUUGUAUACUUCAUAUAUCCCAACUUAAAGAUAUCCAACUUUCUAUCUAUUUAGGAUCUUGCCGUACCUUUUGUAAUAUAAGGCGAGAAAGACAAUACUGAGAUCGAGUUUCUGGCUGCAACUGAUAAAGUGGAGCAAUAAUUGAGUGUUUUACUUGAUGUCCAUAAAUUCACAAACCAGAUCUAAAUGGAUUCUAGAUAUAUUUAAGAAGUCCAGGGAAAAGGAAACCGUAUCGGAUUGUGACGAUCAGUAUAAGUUAAUGGGGAAAGAUCGGAAAUUGAUACCAGAAAGUGUACCACGAAGUAGUAUACCCGAAGAUGACCACAAAUAUACAGAAAUCACAAAUUGUCAAUGUUGUGGCUUAAUUCUCACAUAUCCAGUUGCAUCUGAUAGAUUCAAAUGUUCAGCAUGUGACACUAUAAAUGUUACAGGUAGGAAUACAGAUAAGCGAGACCCUGUGCCACUCCCACUAUCGUAUAAAAGUAUAUGUGAAGACGUCGAUAGAGUUAUGUUAAAGGCAGAAACUUUGAUCUCCCAGGGAAAGAAAGACCACUCAUUACGUGAGGUAUUCGAACCUUUAUCGAUCAAUAUGUAUAAAUCUUUCAAAUCCAAAGAAUGUUUGAAUAAUUCAUUCAAACUUAAAUGGAAAAGCAAGUCCCUUCAUUAUACAACGUCAAACAUUGAUCGAAGCGCCAUACGUUCUACUUUUAUUUUACUUUCGAGACUCCCUACGAAGAAGCCAUUAUUCAAUGCGCUUUCAGCGGCCGUUGAGUUAUUAAAACGAAGUACAGUAUUGACUGAUGAUGAUCCAAGAUGCUUAGUAUUUCUUCUCAUCUUUUUAGAGAUUCCAUUUAUUCGACAAGCAAUACUUCCUAUGACUAGCAAAUCAGAAAACAAAAUGGUUGAUGUAUUGGAAAUAAGACUUCUAUUAAUUGAAGUUUUCUCUAGAACUUUAGGUAAAUUGGCACAUGCAACUACUCCAAAUUCCAACAAUUAUAUAUGUAGUUGGUUUGCAAUGUUACCCAAGGAAGAUUUCAUGGAAAAAGUUGAUCUACUAAACCUUUAUAUCACUAUCCAAUUAAAGGAAUAUUACACAUUAGCACAAAAGUAUCAACUGAAUAGGAAAAGACCUCUAAGUAUAUCUAGCAAUAGAAGGAAUUAUACUACGACUAGUACUACUGAAAUUGAGAAGAAUGAUGGCACAUCAUCUGAUAGUAGUCGGAUUUCAAGCUCUCAAGGUGCGAAUAGUAACCACAUAACAAAUGUAUUGGGAUCUGGACCUUCUAAGAAAGAACAAGUUGUGAAAAUCAAACUUAUUCAGUACGGGAAUGAUUGGCAUUUAAAAUGUUCUUCAUUGGUUCUAAAUAUGUUUGUAAAGGCCAAUUUUGUUCGAGAGCAUCGAUUUCCUUGUAAUGUCUUCUAUAAUUCAUUAGUAGAUUAUGUGAAUUUAAAGAUAGAUUUUGACUCUUGGCAAGUGAACAGAAAGUUACAAAUAAUGAAACCAAAUGAAUGCACGUCGCCAGACAUCCAAACAGUACUCAGCUACAUUAACGAUACUUCCGGUCAAUACAUGAGUGCUCCAGAUUUUUUCUUUUGUCAGUACCCAUUUUUAAUUUCUCUAGGUGCAAAAAUUACCAUAUUGGAAUUUGAAGCAAGAAUAAAGAUGGAGAGAAAAGCUGAAGAAGCGUUUAUCAAUGCGUUGGAUAAAAAGUCUGUUGUCGAUGUAUACUUCAGGGUAGUUGUAAGACGAGAGAAUAUUGUUCAGGAUUCGCUACGAUGUAUUAAAUUGAACUUGGCAAAUUUACAAAAAUCGCUCCGAGUACAGUUUGUUAACGAGCCUGGUAUUGAUGCUGGUGGCUUGAAAAAGGAAUGGUUUUCAUUGUUAACAAAGUCACUAUUCACCCCUUCAGCGGGUAUGUUUACAGAAGUGGAAUCAAAUUAUCUUUGGUUUCAUGUAAUUGCACUCAACGGAUUGGAGAUGUACUAUCUAUUUGGAGUAAUCAUGGGCUUGGCAAUAUACAAUUCAACUAUAUUAGAUUUGAAUUUCCCGCCAGCGGUAUACAAAAUAUUAUUGGGUAAGCCGUUGUCAUUUGCUGAUUAUAGAAUGAUAUUCCCUGAAGUAGCCGACAAUUUAAUGAAGUUGAAAGGAUAUAAUGAGGAUGAACUUACUUCAUUGGCACUUACAUUCGAAGUUCUGUUCUAUGAUACCAUUGGAAUGCAUCAUACACAUGAGUUAAUUCCCAAUGGAAACAGAAUUGAAGUGGAUAAAACAAAUGUCGAUAAGUAUAUUGAAAAGUACUACAUGUUUUUCCUUUCUGAAGGUAUAUCGAAACAGCUUGGCCAACUUACUAGAGGGUUUUCAGAUGUUAUUGGAGGUAAUGCACAAUCCCUAUUCUUACCAGAGGAAAUUGAAUUAUUAUUAUGUGGCAGUGAUGAAAAGCAAUUGGAUAUAAAUGUUCUUAAAUCCAUUACAAACUACACUGGAUGGAAAGAUUCAAUAGAAGCUGAAAAUAGCGAAGUUGUUAUUUGGUUUUGGGAGUAUAUGAAUUCAAUUUCAUUUAAAGAACACCAGAAGAUACUAAGAUUUGUUACUGGUUCCGACAGAGUUCCAGCUACAGGAUUACAGAAUUUAAAUUUCAAGAUUAGUCUAGUUGGGCACACGGAUAGUGACAGACUUCCAGUGGCUCACACAUGCUUCAAUGAGUUGGCAAUUUAUCAAUACAAUUCCAAGAAAAAGUUCAUCUAUAAACUACAACAGGCAAUUAGCGAAAGUUCUGGUUUUGGCCUCAAGUAA